AUGCCCCCCUGCUACUGCCGAACGUACUCGUGCAAUGGCGCGACGCAGGCCAAGUCCACUCGCAAGGACCAUCUCAGGAAGGAUGAAGCCGCCGACCGUGCGGCUGCGCUGGCUGCUCUCAUCGCUCAGAACUCUCGAGCCGCCACAUCCUCAUCCGCCAUUCCGCCAUCUCACCCGGUGCAAGCUUCUCUCGGACAAGAGGACCGAGCACAGGACUUCCUGUCAUCUGAUUCAACACAUACAUUCCAAGACCCACCAAGCCCUCUGGAGCGUGGCAUGUCUGCCGCCGAACAACAUGCGGAGCGGGACGCCCGUCUAGAGGCCGAGGAACGGGGCCGAGCCCAUAUAGCCCGAGCUCGCGCUUCAGACAAUGCCCCUACAGCCGAGGACGACAUUGGGAGCCCAGCGGAUGAGGAUGAUGAGGAGGACGAGAUUGAGGAGCGGGAAGGGGAGGGAGGGGCUGGUUCGGAUGCGUCAAUUGCGCGUACACCCCCUACACGUCCGGAACCGCCAACCUCCGCAGGGCGGGAUCAACCAUCUGAGCGUAUUACCUGCGACCCUCGAUAUCCGGGCGAGAACGACGUUGACCCCUUCAUGCCAAAGGAGGCGACAACGCAAGCUCGGGAGUCCCUGUCACCUCAGGGUUCUGGCGGCGAGCGAGCGCGCUAUCUCUUGUAUCUGUUCGUGGCCUGGCUGCACACCCAGAGCAAGGUUGCCUUCAAGGCCUGUGCGGCAGCCUUGAUAGUCAUUGCACAGAUCGUAGUCCUUGCUGGUGGGACGUUUGAGGAUGUCCGCUCCCCAUUCCGCAGUCUGCCCUCCGUUCUCAACGCCUUGAAUAUCGAACCGGAGUUCAGUGUGCUACCGACAUGUCCCAAAUGCCUCGAACCCCACCCUGCAGAUCACCCUCGCACUGGAGACCUGUCCGUCUGCGCUCGUUGUCGUACACCCCUCUUCCAAUCAAAGCGACGACAUAAUCAGCAUCGAGCCGCAGACAGCAAGGUUCAUCAACCUGCGCUACAAUUCCCUCACAAGUCGAUUGAAUCUCAACUCCGGAACAUCAUUCCUCACGUCGAGGACGAUCUAGAUGCCUGGCGCCGCAAAGAACGUACAGCCGGAAAGUACAUAGAUGGCUUUGAUGGACGUAUUCCCUGCACUCUAGCGGCGCCCAAUGGUGUCCCCGGCCCUUUCUUUGUCAACCCGCUACCUGCGUCUGUGGAUGGUUCAGCACCAGAACUCCGGAUCGGUCUGACAGGCGGCUUGGAUUGGUUCUCCUAUCUCCGGAGCUUGAUAUCUGCUUCGCAUUCAUCCGGGCCAAUAUCUUUCAACAUCAUAAACCUUCUCGAUCCACAGAGAUACAGGGUCAUGAAUCUCGUCAUUGGGGGCAUCUUACCUGGCCCCAAAGAGCAAAACACCGAUGAAGUUCAGCGCUUCAUGCGCAUCUUCGUGAAUGAGCUGCUUCGCCUAUGGCAAGAUGGGUUUGUCAUGGAGACCCCUCGAUACCCUGGAGGGCGCUUAGUGAGAGUCAUCCUAAUCUGCAUCAUCUGCGACAAGCCUGCGGCGCACAAGGUCGGCGGUUUUGGAUCUCAUAGCCACACCUUCUUCUGCACGAGAUGCUGGAUACGUCAAUCGGACAAAGCAACUGCCGCCGCUUUCAGAGCAGGAGCGUUCGCUCCCCGAUCUCAUGAAGAGCAUGUACGACUCAUGCAGGAAUAUGCCCGCUGCGCCUCCCAGACAGCACGAGAUGAGUUUGUGAAGAAGUACGCGACACGCUGGUCGGAGUUGGCUCGCCUCCCAUACUUUGACAUCUGCCGCAUGAUCGUCAUAGAUCCCAUGCAUAAUCUCUUACUCGGCCUCGUCAAGACUCACUUCUAUCACAUCUGGGUUCAGCUCAAGGUCUUGCGCAAGACCAAGGAGCUUCGACGCUUUCACGAUAUCUUAUCUCAGAUGCAAAUACCGGGAUACCUCGGGCGCCUUCCAUCGCUUAUGGGCAUACCUGCGGGCGGUUCACUCACAGCUGACCAAUGGCUGAUUGCGGCCCUCAUAGUGCUCCCAAUUGCCCUACCGCAGAUCUGGGACGAGUACUGUACCGGCGAUCCGGAGAUUGUGCGCCUCCAACGUAUGAAGGACUUUGAGGCGUUGGCGGAGAAGCAAAAGGCCGCAAGGGCAGCUGCGAGGAAAGAGCGCGAAGCUGCUAAAGUGGCUGCUUCCGCCAAUGUGCGGCAGUCCACUCGAGUGCGGAAGAAGACCAAACGUGCGCAGUGGGUUGAUGACGUUCCAGAGGAGGAUAGGGCGUAUGAUGAAGCACACGGAGAGGAGGGCGCGCGUGAAAUUACUCGGGAUAUCUAUGCCGAAGAGGAAGGUUCUGCAGACGAGGACGACCAGCGCGCCCAUCCUAACCUUCAUCCCGACGACCCUGCGAACUUUGCAAAAUUGACAGAGUUUCUAGUUCUUGUCCUGGGAGAUGAAGUAACCGACGCUGAGAUUGACAAGGCCGACCGUCUCAUACGGGAGUAUUGCUCCGAGCUCAUUCAUCUCUAUGGUCCAGACAUUAUCCGACCAAAUCACCACUAUUCCACAUACGUCGCGGAGUGCAUGCGAGACUUUGGUCCUCUUCGCAACUUCUGGACGUUCCUCUUUGAGCGCAUCAACAAGAUACUCAAGAGCUACAACAGCGCCAAUCAUUCCGGUGGAGAACUUGAGGUGUCAUUCUUCCGAGAGUUUCACCGCACCGUACAACAAUCAAGAGCGCUUGCAACGGCUCGCCUCAGUGGUGAUCCAUGCAUUGCUUUAAGUGUUGACGCCAUGUAUCUCGCCACAGCAGAUGAUCGCGGUACUGUGCAAGCGCUCUCCAGAGAGAUGGAUGAGCAGGCCGAGGACGGUGGUGUGAUAUACGCACUCUCGAUGCGGUCGGUAAAGGGUGUCCUCAUGCCUGACUUAUAUAGCCAGGUCCUCGCACAUCUGCAGCUGCGCCUGCCUGUCUCAGUACGCUCCGAUAUCGUCCUUGGGCCGGCCACUGCCCUUCGCAGGGAGGUCACUUUCUUCGAUUAUGCCGUGAUCUUCCAGAGGCGUUACUGGGCUUCUUCGAGAACAAACAGCCGGGCAAAUGCGCUUAUCGCCGUAGCUGCUGAACAUGGCCAGUAUACAGUUGGAGAGCUCACUACCAUCAUUGGCAUAUCUCAGCCUGAGCUCCCUCUCAUACGACUCGGACAUGUUCGAUGGCUCGUGCGUGCGCCGGCUGACGUCUCAACAGACAGUCGAUGGAAAGCAAUUCUCAACUACCGUGUUUGCCUCUGGUUACCCGACGAAUACGCCGCCGAGACCAGUCUCAUUCAACUUGAUGAAAUACUAGGUCAUGUUGUGAUCACCGACGCAAGAGUCGAUGGUGUCCGGAGAUGGGUAUCAAUCAUCGCUACGCGGAAUGGGUCCUUCCGCACUGGCGCUGUAUGA